AUGAGUUUCGACUCAAGUCAGGAAACAGAAAAGAAGGUGCUUAAAUCUGCUACAGAAGCAGGAACAUUUUUAUCCCAAAUUGACAAGCGUUGGGAGCGAUUGGUUCAAUUAGUGGGCGACUAUCGACCUGUAUUAAAACAUCCGUCCAAAGAGCCCUACGAAGAAUUGAUUCAAGCAGUUGCGGGCCAGCAGUUGCACAAAAAAGCAGCCGACACUAUAUAUGAAAGGUUCAGAAAGUUAGGAACCGAUGGCCACUUCCCUUCUCCUCAAAAGAUAUUAGAAAUAGAAUCCGAGACUUUACGAUCUUGUGGAUUUUCUGCUAGAAAGGCCGAAACCAUACGAAGCAUUGCAGAAGCAACUCUUACUGGAAUCGUACCGUCAAGAAAAGCAGCAGAGGCACUAUCGGAUGAUGAAUUAGUCGAACAAUUGACAAAAAUUAAAGGAAUUGGUCGAUGGACGGUGGAGAUGCUACUAAUUUUUUCACUCAAUCGACCAGAUAUCAUGCCAGCAGAUGACCUGAUCAUCCGGAAUGGAUUUAGAUAUUUACACAACUUAAAAAGCGUACCUACCAAAAAAUAUGUUUUAGAGCAAAGUGAAAUUUGCGCUCCAUAUCGGUCAGUCGCCGCUUGGUAUCUUUGGAAGACUGCAAAGCUACCUGACUAUGUGAAAGUGAAUUCCAAGCUCUCAAAACUCAAACGUUCUGAGACUUUGUAG